AUGCCGCCGCGCACCACUCCAUUCCAAUCCAAGCACUGCCUGGAGUUCGGUCUCGAGAUUGUCUCCCGGGAUAAAUACGGCAACCCAACGGUGCAGUGCAACUUCUGCGCUUUCGAGGGCCGUGACCAGGUGACGGUCAACGAGGAAGGAAUUCGGAAGAGCAAAAGCCGCGACGACACCAAGUAUUUUACGAAGCCGUUCGCGCCCUUAAACUACCAAAGUCACCUCAACGGGCAGCACAAGGAAUCAUGGGAGGCGUACCAGCAGUGCUCGACGUUAGCGAAGAUGGCGUACUUCAAAAACAAGGUCCAAAACGCCAACACACUGCACAUCCACAUGGACCUGAUCAGUGACACGAUCGAGUACACGAUCAAGGCGCUCAUCGUUCAGACGAUCAUCGGAGAGCUGUUCUUCAACACCGAGGCGAUCGAGGCGCACAGCGACGACGAAGCGGAAGAGGACGUGGCGUCAGCAGCGUUCUACAGAAUCGCCAAGCUAGCCAAGCAGAAGAAACACGCCAUAUUGUUGUUUAAGCCGGCAGAGCUAGCAGUGGAGGGGGCGGCGUCGUACACGGUGAAUAUCAAGAAUCCGAUGCGAUACCACUUAGUGAUUGAUCAUGUUGGUGUAGGGAUUUCGUUUAGGCAGACGGCUAUCUCAAUCGGACACGCCGAAAACCGGGCCCAACUGCCAAAGCUGGCCGGCAUCAACGACCUCAUAGUCGGCAAGUUCAUCCGAGUGCAAGUCGCAAUCGCGCUGAAACGUAUUGCCGACAUGCUCAGCAACGACGACCAGGUCUGGGCGCUCUCUUUGGCCGGUGACGUCAGCACACACCUCGGACAUUCAUUAUUCGACCUGCGCCUGCGCUUGUACUGGCACGGCCGGCUCCUCAACCUGCAUCUGGUUGCGCUCCCCAUGUUCGACCGCCACACAGCCGAGAACAUGUUCAACAUGAUUGCCAAGCUGAUGGACGCGCUCUUCCCGAAUUGGCGGGACAAUUUGAUCGGCGUGUCGAGCGACGGCGAGAAUACGAUGACCGGGCGCCACCGCGACCUCGUCACGAGGCUGGUGUCGGCCGCCGAGUACAAUGUCCUGCGCGUCUGGUGCGCUCCCACCAGAUCGACAUCAUUGCCAAGCAGAGUGCCGACGGAAUCAACGGCGGGGCGUGGAUAA